ACUUUUGCUUUUCUCUUUAUUCAGAAAUGGAAAACCAAGACGACAGGAAAAGCAACGGCGGCGACGAUCAUUGGGAAGAAGGAGAAACAGAAAAGAUGGAGAAAUUCUUCGCCGUCAUCCGGAAUUUCAGGGAUGCCCGCGAUCGCCGGUUAAAAGAGCUGAUGAAAGAGAAGCAAGAAGAAGAAGAAGACGAAGAUGCGGCAAAUAAGCGGAUUAAGUUGUCUCCGACGCCGACUGCAGAUCACCGGAAAACUGCCGCCGGAACUAAUUGGGUUCCCACAUUCGAGUGGGAAGAUUUCAGGCCUGACAUUACUUUGAAGAAGAAGAAGAGAGAUACCAAUUACAGAUCAGGUCAAAGGAAAGGGAAAGAUGAUGAUGAGGAAGAGGAAGAUGGCUUGAAACUUAAACUUUCACUUUCUUAGAUUUUCCUUUUUCUAAUUAUUAAUUAUAAUAUU